CUCCGUCAUUUCAUCAUCCGCCACCAACAACGACUAUGGCUGCAUCGAAUCCCCGAACGCACAAGGCGGGUACCUUCGCCUACGAAGUGUACGAGAUUGACUACUCCAUGCAUCGCGAGCAUCGCGACAAGUUGUUGGACCGAAUGACUGCCUUGCCAUCGCUCGCCCCGUCGUCGUUCAUUGUCCUCCAUGGCGGGUCGGAGGUGAGCGAAUACGACACGGACACAACGGUUCCGUUUCAGCAAGAGAGCAUGUUUCAGUACUUGUUCGGCGUGAGAGAACCCGACUGCGCCGGUGUGUUGGAUCUGACGACGCGCAAGUCGUUCUUGUUUGUCCCCCGAUUGUCCGCUGAAUGGUCGCUCUGGUGCGGCGACCGCAAGCCGCUAGAGUGGUUCCGCGAGCACUACAACGUGGACGAAGCAUUCUAUGUCGACGAGCUAGCCGCCGUGUUGGAAGCCCGCGGGGCGAAAACGUUGUACGUCCUGCACGGCGUCAACUUGGACAGUGGGCUCACGACGCAGACGACGUCGACGUUCGAUGGCAUUGAUAAGUUCUCCGUGGACAAGUCUGCUUUGCACAACGAACUGGUAGAGUGCCGCGUGAUCAAGUCCGAGAAGGAGCUCGAUCUGCUGCGGUGGGUGAACCGCCUGAGUUCUGCGGCGCACGUGCAAGUGAUGAAGACGAUCGUGCCCGGCAUGGUCGAGUUCCACGCCGAGUCGACGUUCCUGCACUCGUGCUACAGCAAGGGCGGCGCCCGCUUCCACGCGUACACGUGCAUCUGCGGCAGCGGACACAACGCGUCGGCGCUGCAUUAUGGCCAUGCCGGCGCCCCCAACGACAAGGUGCUCGCGGACGGCGACAUCUUCCUCAACGACAUGGGCGCGUCGUACCAUGGCUACGCGUCCGACAUAACAAUCUCGUUCCCUGUCAACGGCGUGUUUUCGGACGACCAAAAGUUCAUCUACAACGGGGUGUUGAAGUCGCACGACGCCGUGCUCGAAGCGAUCAAGCCGGGCGUGGCCACGACAGACCUCCACUUGCUGUCGCAUCGGGUCCUCACCGAGCAUCUCUUGGCCGGCGGACUCUUUCAAAACGGCACCGUGAACGAACUCUUGAACGCGGAAAUCAGCGCGUUCUUUUACCCCCAUGGCCUGGGCCAUUUUAUGGGGCUCGAUGUGCACGAUGUCGGCGGGUACCUCCCAGGAGUCAAGCGCACGGACACGCGAACACUGCGCAAACUCCGAUGCGGUCGCGUGUUGGAGAAGAACAUGGUGAUCACCGUCGAGCCGGGUUGCUACUUUAUCGAAGCCCAACUCGAAGAGUUGCUGACCAACCCAGACACGGCCAAGUACGUGAACCUAGAUGUACUGCGCCGUUUCCGCGGCUUUGGAGGCGUCCGCAUCGAGUCGGAUGUGAUUGUGACCGCCACCGGCGUCGAAAACAUGUCGCAUCUCGUGCCCCGCACAGUGGAAGACAUUGAGCGCGUGAUGGCGUCGCGUGAAUAACCAAACGCGCCUGAUAAUAUUCAGUGUUUCAUGGGUUGAAUAGAUAAUAUUCAGUGUUUCAUGGGUUGAAUA